CCGCGGCAGAAAAGGAUCCUAAAACCCUAGCUCAGCCCGGCUCCUUCCUUCUCCUGCCCCCACCGCCCACCCACCAAUGGCGCCGCGCGGUAACCGCAGCAGCAAGAAGCCUCCGCCGCCGCGGACGCGGGGCAAGGGCAAGCGGCCCUCCUCCGCCGCCGGAGACGACCCCUUCUUCGAGGCGGAGCCCAAGCGCCGCCGCGGCCGCUUGGACGAGGACAUCGAGAGCGGGGAGAGCGACGACGACGGCCUCGCGCUGGGCGGCGCUGUCGUUGGAGGGGACGAUGAGGAUGAGGGGGAGAAGGAAGUGGAGGAGACGGCCGGGGAGAAGAAGAUGCGGCUCACCAAGGAGUACCUGGAGAAGAUCGCCGACGCGGUGAAGCGGCGCAAGGAGGAAGAUGAAGUUGAUGACGACGAUGACGAAGAUGAUGAUGAUGAGGAGGGGGAGGAUGCGGUCGGUGGGAGGCGCGUCGCCAAGGUCCUACGGAAGAAGCAGCUCCAGGAGAGCGGCAGGCAGCGCUUGUGCCUCGCCGCGAGGGUGUUGUCGCCGGGCCAGGAGGAUGGAUUCGAAUUUAUAGCGAAGCACCGGCACCCAGUGACUGCGGUUGCUUUGUCCAAGGAUAGUGACAAGGGGUUUUCGGCGUCGAAAGAUGGAGUUAUCCUCCAUUGGGACGUGGAGACCGGCAAAAGCGACAAGUAUUUGUGGCCAAGUGAAAAAGUGUUAGUUUCACACCAUGCUAAAGCUCCCCUGUCCAAAAAGAGAAGCCAGCAUGUGCUUGCGCUGGCUGUAAGUUCGGAUGGGCGGUACUUGGCAACCGGCGGCUUGGACAGGCAUAUCCAUUUGUGGGAUGUUCGGUCACGGGAGCACAUACAGGCAUUUAGUGGCCAUAGAGGGCCAGUCUCAUGUCUUGCUUUUGGGCUAGACUCUUCAGAGCUAUUCUCUGGUUCUUAUGAUCGUUCAAUAAUGCAAUGGAAUGCUGAAGAUCGAACAUACAUGCACUGCCUAUAUGGUCAUCAAGCUGAAAUAUUGACAACGGAUGCACUCAGCAAAGAUAGACUUCUGACUGUAGCACGGGAUAGAACAAUGCAUCUUUGGAAGAUACCAGAGGAGUCACAGCUGGUCUUUCGUGCACCUGCUGUGUCAUUGGAGUCCUGCUGCUUUAUCGAUGACAAGGAAUAUUUGUCUGGGUCAGAUGAUGGAAGCCUUGAGCUUUGGAGUGUAAUGAGAAAGAAGCCUACUCACAUAAUAAAAAAUGCACAUCCAGCAUUAACUUCUAGUUCACCUGACGGUGCUGAUGAGAAGUUACCCAAAGAAAAUGGAGCUUGUAAAUCUGAAGGCUUUUCAUCAGCUCAUUCAUGGGUUAGUGCUGUUGCGGCAAGAAAAAAUUCUGAUCUGGCUGCAUCAGGAGCAGCAAAUGGUGUUGUCCGCCUUUGGACUAUUCAACCUGAUUCAAAAGGGAUGAAGCCAUUAUUCGACUUAGCAUUGGAUGGCUUUAUCAAUUCUCUUGCAAUCGCAAAAUCGGGACGUUUCAUUGUAGCUGGAGUUGGCCGAGAACCUCGUCUUGGGAGAUGGGGUCGUGUCCAGACAGCCAAAAAUGGAGUUGCAAUUCACCGUCUCAGUCUAAAAGAUGACACUGAGGAUUUGUAGGUAGAUAGUCGGCGCAUUGAGAAACCCCGCGGCUUGUUCAUACACUGCCAAGAUGAGAAAGAUUGUACCAACACCAUAAGUGUCACACAUGCAGCUGAAAUAUCCAGGAGUACUACAAUUCUAUGAUGCACCAGCUUACCAUUCCGGUCACUGGUCAGCCAUGGCCCAACCAUUGAAGCACUGAUGAAAAGGCAUCGGAUAGUUUGAUCUAGCAUGAUCCCGAGCAGUCAUUUUCUGGGGAAUGUGAUGCCCUAUUUUUUUUCUUAAUUUUCAUGAAAAGGGCAGGUGCAGUGUUUUUUUCUUCUUAACUCUUGUUGCGUCCUGUCUGAAAUCACUGACACGGACAAAUGCUGAAUCCCUGAGGCAGCCUUUUGCAGGAGAAAUUUUUUGUGGUGUUAUUGGGUAGACGUUCUCUGUAAUAUCAAGUUUUGUGGCUGAUAGUGAUCUUUGAUCAAACGGAAAUUUAAAUUAUUUUCCCUUUGGGAAUAUAUGGGGGACGUCGCAAUCA